ACUCUCUCGAAAAUACGCGCAUAACAUUCUAGUAUGAGGUAGUACUAGUAGCAGAGCUUCUACCUCAGUACUAUGCCAAGUCGUAAGUGUUUCCUAGCCUAACCCACUCUGAUAAUUUCCGUAUCUGGGUCUUUUGGUUUUAGAUAGCGACUUACGGAUUACCCGCUUUUUUCACCUCUCCUCCCUGGAGCCUCCCUCAGUCUCUUCUGUAUCGCUUUGAUGGAAAGCACUCCCAUAUUUCUCUCAAAGUCAAUAAAGAGAUAGAGAGUGUGAGAGGGAUUGGUACUAGAAGAAGACUUAUUAUUGCCUAUUCGACAAAACUGCGACAUUGUUCAUGUUGGGAGACACGAUGGGAAGUUACAAUUCUCCCAUCCAACAAUCAGGGCUCGAUGACUCCUACGAUGUCAGCGAGUCACUUGUUCCGGCAAGGAUUCUUAAAAGUGUUGGCCACACCACGAUCUCAUUUGACGGCCUAUUGAAAGAACCCCUAACACUUAAAGAAGACCUUAAGGAAGGAUGCGGAGGUCAGCUCUGGCCGGCAGGCAUGGUACUAGCAAGAUACUUGUUGCGUCAGCAUCCAUUAGACUUGAACAAUAAAACAAUAGUCGAAUUGGGAGCUGGUGGGGGUCUCGUGGGCCUGGCUGUUGCACGUGGUUGUGAUCUUGGCUCGUCAUCGGUAUACAUAACGGAUCAAGCCCCGAUGCUUCCUUUGAUGGAGACCAACAUCAAGCUAAACAGUGCCUCGUCUCUCGUUACUGCCACGGUGCUGAACUGGGGGGAACCUCUGCCAGACUGUAUUCCGGCACACCCCGCUGUCAUACUUGCCGCCGACUGCGUCUAUUUUGAGCCAGCUUUUCCAUUGUUGAUAUCUACACUGGAGUACCUUCUAGGCCCGGAAUCUAUCUGUUAUUUCUGCUUCAAGAGACGUAGACGAGCAGAUCUCCGUUUCAUGAAACUGGCGAAGAAGCUAUUCAGUGUUGAGGAGGUUUGCGAUGAUCCCAUGGCGGAAACUUACAAGCGAGAAAACAUUGUUCUCUACUUAAUACGUUCCAAAUCAAGCAAGCAUGUAAAGAAUUGAAUGAUAGCAGGCAGCUAAGAGACAAGGAAACCGAUCAACUAGGGGCAUA